CACCUUGAUGCUGCGACUUCUCCGUCGGAGUCGAAACAGCAUGAGCGACGAGGAAUCGGACGCCCUUGACGCCAGCCAACUACUCGGUUCGUCUGAUACAGCUGCAGAUGAGAGUCCGUCCGCAGCCACGAUCGACAGCCGAAGGGAGUCCCGUCGCUCGCACUUCGUCUUCCUCGGCAUCAUUCUGGCCGCUGCGGUCCUGGUGCUCGUGGUUGGGCUGAGUGUGGGCCUCUCCUCCGUCGGCGGCGGACGCAGCAGCGACCCUAUGACCCGUGCGGAGGAUCUACUUGCGGAAUACCCCGUCAUUGAUGGGCACAACGACUUGGCGUACGAGCUGAGGGCGAACUUCAAGAACCAGUUGGGGGAUAUUGACCUGCUGAAAAACACGUCAGGCCAGUAUGGAGUUGCUUGGCAGACCGACAUUCCAAGACUGAGGGCUGGGCACGUUGGCGGACAGUUUUGGUCGGCCUACAUGGGCUGUGGAGAGCCGCACAGAGAAGAUGCCACGAGAACGUUUCUUGAUCAGAUGGACGUCAUCAAACGCUUUGUGCAGAACUACACGUCCACGUUCUUGUGGGCAACCACUUCCAAAGACAUGGAACUGGCUGUUCCAGCCAAUAAAAUUGCGUCACUAAUUGGUGUGGAGGGAGGCCAUGCCAUUAGCAGCAGUCUAGGGACUCUGAGACAGCUGUAUGAGCUGGGAGCUCGCUACAUGACACUCACCCACACUUGCAACACUCCUUGGGCCCAUAGCUCUACAGAUACUACUAGUAAUGGCCUCACAGAUUUCGGGAGGAGAGUGGUGUUGGAGAUGAACAGACUAGGAAUGUUGGUUGAUAUCUCUCACGUCAAUAACUACACCAUGAGUGAUGUCCUUGCCACCAGCAAAGCUCCUGUUAUAUUCAGCCACUCGUCAGCAUAUGCUCUGUGCAAUAAUUCUCGAAACGUUCCCGACAAUAUCCUGAUGAAAAUGCCAGCCAAUGGUGGCGUUGUGAUGGUUAAUUUUUACCCUGGAUUCAUCAACUGUAGCAGCACGGCCUCGCUGGAACAAGUCGCUGACCACAUUGAUCACAUUUGCAGUGUAGCAGGUGUUGACCAUAUUGGCAUUGGGGCUGACUAUGAUGGAAUCGAUAGGGUUCCGUAUGGGCUGGAAGACGUUUCCAAAUAUCCAGCUCUCUUUGCAGAGCUAUUGAGGAGAGGAUAUUCUGACAGCGAUGUGGCUAAGGUUGCUCGCCUCAACAUCAUUAGAGUCUUCCAGGAGGCUGAAGAGUUUGUGGGGAAGGUAAUCGGCACGCAGAUGAUGAAGACGGCCAAAGUCGAAGUCACGAGAAUGGUACUGCAUCCACACGUUCUGAAGGUGAGUAGCAUACGUCACACCGAUGGACGAAGCCUUUACAUACCACCUGCUUUUUCUCAGUACGUAAAGCGUCGUAAGAAGUACCUAUGUCACGACCCUGAGUCAUCGUGUCGCGUGGGGGACCUGGUAAUGAUACGGAGCUGCCAGCCGCUCAACAAGAGGAAGCACUUUACCGUGGCCGAGAUCCUGGAUCUCAGUCCGGCUCACCGAGCAGAGAUAGAGCGAGAACAGGGGAGACUGGGAGAACUAGAGGGUACACCUGGUACUACUGAAGGUAGCAGUAGCUGA